AUGACGGGGAACUCUUCGUGUAGAGGCUCGAAUACACAGACUGCUGUUGGUACACCACUCACUCCGUUUGACCAAAUCAACGAUUCUUCCUCGAAUACCAGCAGCUAUCCUGUCAAAUCUAAUAAAGACUCGACCAACUUGAAAGAAGGUAAAAAUCCCAGAGUUGUGCAGAUGAAUCCAGAGGAAGUUAAUGGGACCCCACAAUGGACUCGCCUUAAUGAUGAAAUGCUAGAACACUAUUACCAAAAGAGCAUAGAAGAAAAGGUUUACAAGAGGAAGUACGAUGAGGCUGCUUAUGUGGUGUAUGGCACCAUUCCCAAUGGGGUUGACCCAGUCAAGUUCCGUGAAAAAAUGACGGAUUUGCAAAAGGAAAAAAGAAAACGAGUUUUUACGCGUGAUUCUACGUUGUCAAGUUGA